AUGCUGCUUGCACCCCCAGACACAAGCAAUCCACACGAACAAUCCUAUGGAACAGCCUAUAAGGAAAUAGUUAAUACGUCGAGAAAGCGCCAGUCUUCUGCAAACGCGGUCGUGAUAUUAGCUUCACCAGAUGUAGAUGCUUUAUGCGGCGUGCGUAUACUAGUAGACAUGCUUAAAAUUGAUGGUAUAUUACACAAUGUUAGAGUAGUCAACGGUUAUAAAGAAUUAGAAACUAUUAGAUCUGAAAUUGUUGAGGAUCCUGAGCUUCAUAGUGUAAUAAUAUUAGGAUUCGGUAGCCUUCUCACCCUCUCAGCUCAGUUCAGCUUGCAUUCUGGCGUGACAAUACACCUCAUUGACUCAUCCAGGCCAUGGAAUUUAGCAAACGCGUUUGGAGGCUUUGGUGGUGUUGAAGGUGAUGAAGCCAAAGUAUUAGUAUGGGACGAUGCUUAUUAUGAUGCCAAAGAAAUGGAAGACUUGAGGAAAAGUUGGGAGGCAUUAGAGUAUGACCCAGAGGACUCUGAAGAAGAUUCUGAUGAUUCUGAGGACUCAUUAGACGAUGAAAGCGAUGACGCAGACGAAGACGAUCAACAGAGCGAUGAAGAUGGGAAUCCACCUGCAAAACGUGCUAAAUUGAAUCCUAAGGUGGGAUCUUAUUCUUUGUUUAUAUCCGAUUCACGUAAAAAAAUGAAACAAGAGAGACAUUUACACAGGAGUAAAAUGUCAAAGUACUACAGUAAUGGUACAUCACACGGAAUGAGUGUGAGCUGUGUUAUGUACAUUUUAACGGUAGAACUUGAGCGAGCAGUCAACGAUUUAGUAUGGUAUGCUAUACUAGGUCUGACAUAUCAGUACACAUCAGCGCAAAUUUCACGUUCACAGUAUGAUGAUCGAUAUGUACUUCUAAAAGAUGAAGUUUCACGUUUAAACCCGCCCACAAUUGGCGAAACAAAGACCAAUCCGGAUGAUUACAGUAUUUCAGUAAAAGAGGAAUUGCGUUUUCCACUACUACGUCACUGGAGUCUUUACGAUAGUAUGAUACAUUCAGAGUACAUAGCGAGCAAACUUGGUAUAUGGAAAGAAGGUGGUAAAAAGCGAUUGCAUGGUUUCUUAGCUGAGAUGGGUCUACCAUUAGUACAAGCACAGCAGUCAUUUGCACACAUGGACACCGAUCUUAAGCGUGCUUUGCCAUUAAAAGUAGAGAAUACAGCACCUAGACAUCAAUUAGUUGAUCUCUCUUACCCAUCUUUCGUUAGAAGCUUCGGUUUGCGGUCGCUUCCCUUAGCAGCAGCUGAUGCUGUUGAAGCUAUCAAUGCAUUAUUACAGGCAGCCACAGGUAUUAGCAUCUACGUCGAUGACGGACAAGGAGGUGGUGAAAUGUUCAGCAAUGUUCGUCUGUGGGAAAUAACAAGUCUAUUCGGUAACACCAUCGAUAACAAAGAGAAUAAACGAAACCUCACAUUCUUCGGCCAGAUGGAAGAAGGUGAUGAGGAUAUUGCUGCACUUAUCAAGAAAAGAAAUGAUGAAAGGAGCUGGGAGCGAAACUUCUGGAUCGCUUAUGAUGCUCUCAAUAAUAACGUGUCGAGAUUAAGAGCAUCUAUACCACUCUGCAUUUCUCUCCAUAGAGCGAUACUACGAACAGGUGCUAGUUUGAUAGAACAGAAAGUAAUCAAGAAUCUCAGUCUGUUCAGAUUAGCAAUACUAAAAGAAGGGCCGGACCUUGCAUUAUUUUGCAACCCUGCGCCACUUUCACGUCUGGCAAAAUGGCUAAUUGAAGCGCUUAGAGAUCGUAUAGUGUCUAAGACGAAAGGUAAAGUUGUUGAUCUAAAAACUGGUAGUCAGAAGAGGUUAAAAGACCUACCAUUCAUCGUCGCAUGCCUUAACGAAAAGACUGGUACAUACCUCGUGGCUGGUGUCACUGGAUCUACGCUUUUUGACGACGCAAGAAAGAACAAACUAGGCACUAUAUUCUAUGAAUCAGCUGAAGCUACACGUGCUAGAUCCAAGCACGAUUGGUUUGAUACAGCCAUUGUUGAGAUUCAUGGCGAUGAUUUCCAAGGGUUCAUUGAAGGUGUACAAGCAGGUUUAGCAGAGAAUAAUUACUAG